CACUUCAAACAAAGCAGAGACAAAUACCCAAAAUGUUUUGCAUUUAAACACACGGUUGAUGCAAUCGAUAACAUUUCAAUGGGGCAACACUGAACAUAACCAUUCGUGGUGAUUUGCACAAGCUCAGCUGGCAAUUUUGGCAAGACUGAACAUACCUCAUGCACGUGAAGCCAAACAUAAACAAAACAAAUCAAAGGCCCAAGGAGUCUUCACUCAGUCUCCCAAGGGAAAAUACAUUUUUCAAAGGCUCCAAAGACAACAGCAAUACAAAAUGCUGGCUCCCAUAAAACAUUUACUAGCCCAGAAACGUAUUAUUUUGGCCAGCGGCUCACCGAGGAGGCAAGAAUUGGUUAAAUCUUUGGGUCUCAAUGCUGAACUGUGUCCAUCCACCUUCGUGGAGAAUUUGAAUCCUGCUGAUUUUAAGGACUUCUCCAAAUUUAUAGAGGCUACUGCAUUGGGUAAGGCAGAGGAAGUAUACAAUCGCCUCAAGAACGGGGAUAACCAAGAGGAACUAUUGGUAAUAGCAGCCGAUACAAUGGUAACCAUGGGAUCAGAGAUCUAUGGUAAACCAAAGGAUAGCGACGAUGCAUUUAGGAUGUUAACAAACCUGGCUGGCAAUUGUAAUCGUGUCUUCACCGGAGUUGUGCUGAAGCAUUCCAAAGGUGUGCGAUGCUUUACGGAAACUGCCGAUGUCUACUUUGGUCAAUUGUCAAGGGAACAAAUACAGGCAUAUGUUGAUUCCGGAGAGCCAUUUGACAAGGCCGGCGGUUAUGGUGUCCAAGGUGUUGGUGGUGCUAUGAUAUCCCGCAUUGAUGGUGAUUAUUAUUGCGUCAUGGGUUUGCCCCUUUAUCGUCUGUGCUGUGAACUAAACAAAUUGUUACUCGAAGAUGUUUAAAUGGCUUUAAUAUAUUUAAUUAUUUUAUGUUAAUUUUUAGUUUGUUACUGUGUGUUCCUGUGAAAUAAAAAAGACCUGAAACUGAAGAGAACUGAA